GUUGUCACAGAGGCCUCAUAUGUCAACGUGCCUGUUAUCUCUUUCUGCAACACCGAGUCUCCACUCAAGCUUAUCGAUAUCGCUAUUCCUUGCAACAACAAGGGUGAACAGUCCAUCGGACUUAUGUGGUGGCUGUUGGCUCGUGAAAUACUGAUCCUUCGUGGAAAGAUUUCUCGCCAGACCGGAUUUGUUCUUGACGAUAAGGAGAUUAUGCCUGACCUAUACUUCUACCGUGAUCCCCAAGAGUCUGAGAAACAGGAAGCUGCUGAGGUUAUGCCUGAGAUUAAG